AAUGAGUAUUUGUUACAGGCUCAUGUGCUGGAAGUUCUGCAGGAAGCACUUGCAGAAGCAGGUGCCGACCCACAAGAUGUUGAUGCUAUUGCCUUCACCAAAGGGCCUGGGAUGGCUGCACCGCUAAUAAGCGUUGCAGUGGUAGCCAGAACCAUCUCUCAGCUCUGGAACAAACCUCUUAUUGCUGUUAACCACUGUAUAGGACACAUAGAAAUGGGAAGGCUAGUCACUGGAGCAGAAAACCCAACUGUUCUCUAUGUGAGUGGAGGUAACACACAAAUUAUUGCCUACCUAGAAAGGAAAUAUAGAAUUUUUGGUGAAACUAUUGAUCUUGCAGUUGGAAACUGUUUGGACAGAUUUGCAAGGAUUUUGAUGCUUUCAAAUGACCCAAGUCCAGGCUAUAAUAUUGAACAAAUGGCAAAGAAAGGUAAAAAGUACCUCCCUCUCCCAUACUGUGUAAAAGGUAUGGAUGUUUCCUUUUCUGGCAUCCUUUCUUACCUAGAGGAGCGUGCUAACAAACUGCUAAAGACUCAACAGUACACUAAAGCGGAUCUUUGUUUCUCUCUGCAAGAAACUGUCUUUGCCAUGCUGGUAGAAACAACUGAACGAGCUAUGGCUCAUUGUGGUUCUCAGGAGGUUCUUAUUUGUGGGGGUGUUGGCUGUAAUAUAAGGCUUCAGGAGAUGAUGGGUAAGAUGUGUGAAGAAAGAGGAGCAAAGCUUUAUGCAACUGAUGAGAGCUUUUGUAUUGAUAAUGGAGCUAUGAUAGCCCAAGCUGGGUAUCUCAUGUAUAACUCAGGGCUUACAACUCCACUCAGUGAUACUUGGGUUACACAGAGAUUUAGGACAGAUGAUGUACCUGUAACAUGGAGAGAGUAAAUUCCUAUGAUCAGACAAUUUUUGUUGUACUUGAGGACCCAGUUAAUAUCUUUUUGAAGUACCAACAAAUGCACAUUGUACUGCUUGUCCUCAUUUAAUUAAUAAAAUAAUUCAUAAA